CCCUAAAACUGUGAGCUGAAAAUAGUUUCCCGUAGCCAACAAAAUGUCUGCCGAUAAAAAAGGAAAACCCGAAAAGCAGCACAAAGACAGAUCCUACGAUGGCGAUGCCUUCAUUGCACAGUUCGCUCUUCGUGGCGCCCGGGAGAUCAUCAUCCUGGAUGCCGAUGGCAACACUUUGCGCUCGACUGUCAGUCCGCGUCGCACCUUUGUGUAUGUCUCGUCGCUGAAGCCGCUGGUGACGAUGGCCAGGAAUGUGGUGCGAGAUCUCAAUCCCUCCAACGAUGUAACAUUCUUGCGUCUACGCUCCAACGGGGGCGAGGUUCACAUAACUCUCGGCACGGAGUUCAUUUUGAUAGUCAUACAACGCAUCAAAAGGAAAAGUGCAACUCAAAAGUAAAAACUACUAAUACACGUACACAGAUGGGGCAUGCGUGUG